GAGCCCUAGCUGCUUGCUGCCCUAUUCGAUUCUUCUUCAUUUGAGCGUGACGAACGUCUCUGCUCAGAGAGCCAACACGAGAGGAGAGAGUGACUGAGUGAGAGGCCCUUCAUUCUGGCCUUCUUCUUCGACCCUUCGAAGCCCUCUGGCCUUCGUGUGUUGGUCUUCCACACUGCGAACCAGCAGGAGCCCUUCGCGAGUUCGGUUCCUUCGUCAGGAGCUUCGCGAGUUCAUCGUGGACAUUUUCAAACCAGAAGGAGCUCCUCGCAAGCUCGUCUUUGAGCGUUUGUGAGUUCGUGAGUUCCUUUGCGUCGAAGUUCGAAUUUGCAGAUUCUAUGGGGUUUGAUUUGGGCCUUUUUGAUGAUAUGGUUCCUGAGCCAGCCAGAGCUGGGGCUUCUGAAAAGUUUCAACCAAAGGUCAACCCAAAGGCUGGACAGGAAACAUCUGCAUUAGCUGCUCCUAUCCUCCCGAAUGCUAUCAAGGAACAAACAGAGGUACUAACCUCCGCUGGUGUAGAUACGACACAACCUGUUUGGCAUGCUGCUGCUGCAGAUAACACACUGAAUAGUCCAGAUAAUUUUUCAAUGUGUACGUCUGAGAUUCUUGAGACCAAAGAGCUGUUGAAAAAAGACGAAAGCUCGUUUCCAGGAUGCCCUUCCUCUGAUGAUAACGGAAAUGCUGUAUUACUGGAUCCUGCAUCGCAGCUUAAUGCAGUUAGAGAGGAAACAAACUCCACUGAAGCUUUGCCUUUAGAGGUUUCAGUGUCUGAUGGCUAUGAAUUUGGGAACUCAAGUUUCCAAAAAUCAGGAAGAGUGGCAGAUUCCACUGGGUUUGAUUUGGAUCAUUUUGAUGAGUUUUCUCCAAUGCCUGCAACAAACAAUCCUCGUGCUCGUGGCAAGUUUAAACCCAAGCCUCAGCCUGGGAGGAAGACAGAUGCAUCUGUUGCUUCCACACUCCCUCAUGGUAUGACAGGAAAGCAUGUUACGCCGGCCUCAACUAGCUCAGACACCAUGCAGGCAAAUCAGACUGUUGAUGUUAUAAAUCAUAGAUUGACUGAUCCCGUUAACUUGUCUUCAGCUACCUUGGAUAGUCUUGGAAAUAAAGGCUCAUUGGAAAACAAUGAGGGUGCGGUUAGAGGAAUUUUACUCUCUGAUAAAAAUAGAAGCUCUGGGCUUGUCAACUCCUCGUCUCAAUCUCUUUCGACCAGAGUGGAUGUAGGUUCCACCGAUUCUCUGCAUUUGGAUGUGGCAAUGUCUGAUGGUAGUGGUGUCGGAAAAUCAACGGGAGAGAAUGCGGACAUAUUUUUGGGAUUGGAAUGCCUGGAUGGUUUUAUGUCUCAGUCUACAACAGCAAUGGUGAGCACUGCAAAAAAGCUCCAACCUAAGGUUGAUGAUAUGCAGCCAGGCAAUGAGUUCCCAACAUCCGUUCUUGUUAAUGCCAAGACAGACAGUUCUUUUCCUUUUUCAGAGAUCCCAGCUCUUGCUGCUUCCAAUGCUGCACAUGCAGAGAGAGAACCUUUUGUUCCUGUUCAUUCUUCAGUCAACUUAUCAUCCUUCAUGGUGUCUGAUGCUGCAGCAGCUGACACUUAUCCCAACCCUUCUGUAAUCCAAGAUCCAGUAGCCUGCAGGGAGACUAACAGAGUGAUUCAGGUUGAUAAUGGAAGGUUGGAAACAGAGGCAGUGGUGGCCUUUCCUUGCUUGGAUACCUUAGAUAUUAUUUCUGAGUCCACCAUUACAUCUGAACAGCGUACUCUCAAAUUCCUGCCCAAGCCGAAGGGACAUUGUGAAAAGGGGAAGCCCCUCACAGCCAUCAUCCCUCAUCCUGAUGCAGUUGAGUAUGUGUCAUGUCCGCAGGAUCCCCAGUUGGUUCCUCUUAAUGCUGUGAAUGUUGUUGGGGGCACAGCUUCUGCCUUCCCCCCUGAUGAUGUUCUUGAUUUCCCAUCCAUGAGGUUUGAUGACUCUAUCCCUAUGGAUCCCAUGUCUGAACUCCUUGUUGAUGAAGAACCAACAGACCUUGGGGAGACUCCUGACGCUGCCAAUCCUGAAAACAAUAGUACUAAGAAAAGGAAAAGAAAAUCGCCUAGAGUGGCAGAUCUUUCUGGGAAGCCUCUAGCGACUGGCAGUGAGGAGAAUGGAGUUGGUGAAUUAUCAAUGCGGUUGAGAAAGCGGGUAGCUGCACAUACUCUUGUCGAUGAGCCUGAUGAUGAUACUCAUGAUAGUGGUGCCUUCCCUGGUGAACUUUCUCAUGGUUUUUUAGGGAAUGAAGAAGAUUAUAAUGAUGAUGAGUAUAGAGUGGAAAUUACAUCCCCAAAGAGACAAGCUCAAGGAAAGUCAGAGAAAGUGGUGGGUGAGAAUGAAAAACCAGUUCGAAAGCGUAAGCAAGCGACGGAAGUACUGGGUCAGUCGGCUAAACAACCUCCUAAAAAGUUUUCUCAUACUACUAGACGAAACAAAAGGCGCGUGGACAAGGUUUUGCUUGAAACCCCAGAGGAUGAGCUUGACCGUCAAAAUAUACGUCUCAAGGAUCUAAUUCUGCUUGCUGAAUACAAGGAACGGUUAGCGAAUAAAGAGGCAACAUCAUUGAAAACCCCUUUAACAACCAAUCAAAGUUCUGAGAGCUAUUUUCCUGAGGACGCUCCUUAUAAUGAGGAGGAUAGCGUUGCUUCAGAGCAAGACAGAGGCUCUCUUGACGGUGAAGAAGGCGAUAGGGUUCAAGAGGAUAACUCUCUAUUAAAUUACCAAUCUUAUAUGGAUAAAGUGCCUAGUGCAAGAUGGUCAAAGCAGGAGACAGAGUUGUUUUACGAGGCUGUUCGGCAGUUUGGUGCAGAUAUAUCAAUGAUACAACAACUUUUUCCCAAUCGGACACGCAGGCAAGUUAAAUUGAAAUACAAGAAGGAAGAGCGUCAACACCCUUCUAGACUGGAUGAUGCUUUAAGAAAUCGUACCAAGGAUCAUUCCCAUUUCCAACAAGUGAUUGUGCGGUUACAGCAAGUUGCUGCACAGGAGAAAUUGAACUCUGAUAGAGAUGACCCAAUUGACAUGACAAAUGAGGAGGAGGUGCCGAAGUACACAGCAAAGCCUGAGCAGAAAGAGGAGAAAGGAGAACCAGCAAAAGAGGAGGAAGCAGCAGAUGAUGAUGAGGUUCCUGAUAAUGUAAAUUCACAUGACAGUGAUGAUGACUUUUAUAGAUGGAGUCAAUAUAAAAGUGAUGUAGAAUAAUUACAUUUAACAAAAACGCAACUCUACUGUCUUUUUACUAUUAUUUAAUAGUGAUAUAGGAAAAUUUUGUUAUCUAAUUUCUACUUUUUUUGUGAAUGAAACCUUAAUUAUUCUGCAAUAAAGAAUGAUGAAUUUUUCUGGACUCA